AUGUCUGCCGAUUUCUGGGCCGGCUACAUCAGCGGUGCCGUCGGCAUCAUCAUCGGCAACCCACUCGACCUCCUCAAAGUCCGCCUACAAGCCCCGCCGAGCGCUCCUCCUCCCGGUCAAAUCCCCGCCGCCGCAGCGACCUCAUACCUCCGUCACUUUGAGAAUCCCGCCUCCCUGGUCACCGGUUCCGCCGCUCCCAUUCUCGGCUAUGGCGCUCUCAAUGCCCUCCUCUUCGUCUCCUACAACCGUACCGAGGCUGCCCUCAACUCUGCCCUCGACGUCAAGUCCAGUCUCUGGACCACAUGGAUUGCAGGAGCCGUCGGUGGCCUGGCUACCUGGGCUGUCAGCACGCCCACCGAGCUGAUCAAGUGCCGCGCACAACUCUCUUCCCCGCCAGCUUCCAGCUGGGCCAUCACCAAGGACGUAUGGCGUGCCGAGGGCAUUAGGGGUCUAUACUUCGGCGGUGUUGUCACCGCGUUACGGGACAGUAUCGGUUAUGGCUUCUACUUUUGGUCGUACGAGCUCAGCACGCGCUGGAUGGGCGUAGGUACUGCCAGCGCCAAUGGCGAAACAGACUUGCGCGAGGAGGCCGCCAAGGUUCUCCUCUGCGGUGGCCUUGCGGGCAUCGUGACGUGGGCAAGCAUCUUUCCACUCGACGUCAUCAAAACGCGCGUGCAAACCCAAGCAUUCGAGAAACCCGCGGAAGCCUCUCCGCUUCUAGAGGCUCAGAGGACAGAACCCACGAAGCGCGCCGGAGCCAUGCAGAUCGCCCGGGAAGCGUACCGCGAAGGCGGCAUGAAAGUCUUCUUCCGAGGCUUAACAAUCUGCAGCGUCAGGGCCUUCGUCGUCAACGCAGUCCAAUGGGCUGUGUAUGAAUGGGCCAUGUAUGAGAUGGGUGAGGGUCGAAGACGGCCUGCUGCUACCCUUGACGUCGGACAGCCUAUGUGA